AAUAGAACUGCAUGAUUAACUAACAUAGCAAGAUGGGCGAAGAUCCGGACGUUACGGAGCGUCGCCGCAUGCUGGAGUCCCUUGCCGCGGUGAAGGAGAGGCAGGCGGAAAUCGUGGGGCAAAUUCGCGCGAUCGCCAGCAAGGCCCGAGAAAAGAUCGACGUGGAAGCGACUUUACGCAUCGCAAAAUUUGUAUCUUCCUACGACUGUAGUGAAUUGCAUAGGAAAAUGGAAGUUAUGUAGUGCUGAUUUUGGUAUAGAAAGUAGAUUUGAUGUGGUCACGCAGGAUUUCAGUGAGGAGUACCGUGCGAUAGUACUUUUGCAAACGAUAUCCUUACGCUUUUGAAGAGAACCGGCAGCUACGGGAGACUUUUCUGCAGAGGCUGGAGAACCACGACCAGCAGGUUAGCGGCGGGAGUGGUUGUUCCUCUGGUACAAGAAGCGAAAUGAUAAAUGAAGAUGGGUCGUCGACGUCUUCUACGGGACCUCCUGGAGGAAGAGGGACCACGGACAGCUCGUCUGGCAAUCGUGAGGAGAAUGUUUCAGCCACGUCGCCGGCUGCGCGGAUAGCAGCAGCAGCAGCUUCUCGUGGGAGGAGUGACGACGAGAGGGGUGGCACUAGUGGAAUGACCUCAAGAAUUUCUAUCGCGAGAAAAAACUACUGCCUCAGUCUCAACUUGCAAUGCGGAACUUCCUUGAGACAGUCUUUUGUCAUGCUCGAGGGCUACAUGCAAGGAAGUCAUAAUUUAUAGGUGUUUUACAAUUUAUUCUCUUGUGUCUGACGCAUCACAGGUUUUGUGUGUGACCACGCUGAGCGAAUUUGCAAUAUUCGUGCCUCUGCAUCUGCAAAGGUUUGGGACUGAGACAGUUUUGUCGUGGGAUAAUUGCGGCCCUUGUCGAGGUAGAGAUGGAGUCCAAGACCACGGCUGGGGGUCUGGAAUUCGCGACCGGUAGAAGGUUAUGCGUUGCAAAUACGACUGGGUCUGGAAUAAAAGUGCAAUUUGUUAUGCUGAACUUGGGUCGAACAAAAAGAUCAAUCUGUGUUGCAUGAACGCUAAGAUGUGCCCACUUUGUGCUGCGCAAAGCGGGAAUGGUCUCUCAUGCGGUAUAGGAGGUGAGAAGUGUACGCAAAAUCUGUAAUGCUUUUGUGUGCAUUUUUCCAGAGCCGAGCAUCCGUGUAGUCGUGCACAAGAUGCAUUCAGGGGCAUUCUUCCAGACCCAGACUUGCAGUUGAUAAGGGUCGCUUGGUCGUCGUGUAGUCGGUUUCCAGUGAAUCUGAAUCAUUAAAGUUUUACAGCGAGACAACAGACUUAUUUCAAUGCUGGAGAUCCUAUCGUAAUUGUAAAUAAUCAUAAUGCUAAUUCUAUCGAAGUAGAUAAAUCCGAUUUUUUAGAUCGUCAAGAAACUUCGGAUCUUGAACAUCUAUCAGACACGGGCUCCACAACGGAGAAGGAAGAUGACGGGGUAGCGCCAGCAAGUGCUGCUUCCAAAGAAGGCAUCGUCGAAUCCGGUGCAACCCUCCCGUCCUCCGCGCUGGAGGCGGCCGCGGCGCCUCAGGAAAACAAGAAGGGGAACGAGCACGACGGCGAGGAUCGAUUCGCGCUGGCGCGGCGGUUUCUGGACAAUCCAACCAAUGUCGCCCGGUUCCCGGUGCUUGCUUCGUUAUCGCUCCCGGAGCUGCAACGAGAACUGGCCACGUUCGAGCCGAUUGCUACGGACAGUGGCGUGUUCAAGUGCAAGGGAAAAGACGUCACGGUACGUUAUAACCUUUGAUAGUAAGUAUGGAGUACAUAUGUUGAUCAGCAUGGAUGCAGCUGUUGUUUUCAUCCUUUUCGUUUUAUAUUAUUGCAAGCAAUACCAGCUUUGCGUGUCGUCUUGCGUUCGACGGGUUCUGCAGUUUCAUGUUGGAACGGCUUCCGUAUAAUUUCUGUAGAGAGCAGGGAAUAAACAGUGAACAGUUUGUUGAUGUGUUCGAAUGAGAGGUCCCCUGUACAGAUCUGAAUUCAUUAUAUUAACACUUAGAACAAUUAUGCUAGCCCUGAUUAGUUUUCGAUUGACGCACCCGGUACGUAGAGCAGCAGCGGGUCUUCACUUUUUGCAACUGCUUGGUGAUUUAUAUUUAUUCGUAGUACGGCAGUGCAGUAUAGUAAAUUACCUGCCCUUGCGCGUGCAUGGCAGUUUCAAGAUCGUAGGGUUUUUUCUAGGCACUAUAUGGCUAUGCGAUUCCCUUGCAACAUCUUAGUUUCAAAGGAUUGUCACUUUUCUGCUCCGUGCAGGCGUUUUAAUAUGCUUUUUAGAACUUCGUAGCGCAUGAUUUCCUUACCGCGGCCCUCUACUUUGAAUUUCUCGAUUUUUUGUUUUUUCGUUUCCCGGAAUUUUCGGUAAAUCAAUACGAAUAGUACUUCUGGUACCAAACUUAUUUUGUCCAUUGACCUACCAAACCCAUUUUGUUUUCAUCGCAAGUGUUAUUUGUACUGUUAUUAGGUGGUGUUACUAUAAUCUUAAGAAGCUGCACCUCCUACGACCCACACCGGAUGGCCCACUUCUUCUCCAGGUGGAGAAUCACGACAGGCGACAUUUUGAAAUUUUGUACAAAGUUCCCACAAGAAGCCGACCACGAGCAGCAAAACACCGCAAGCGCAGCUCAGGGAAGAAAAAAGGUUUCAGCACUCGUCGCACACCUCGCGACGGGGGGCACUACAAAUGGUCAUGCCCUUCUGUUUAUUCGCCAAAAGAAAUUCUCCUGCGCCGACAACGACGUGACGUAGGAAAAAUAGCACUACUUUCGACAACAGCAGGAACAGGACCUGCAGGAUGGAAUAUUGCAGCGCAGCGGCGGAGAAAUAUUAAAAAGCCACGAGUCGACUAGAACCAGUGCCACCACCAGGUGGUGAGAAGCGAAAGCGUCAAUGGGCUCCUGGUGGAACAGCGUGUCAACUGUGGAAGUAACACCGAAAUAAAUUCUUCCUCCUCAUCUCCGAGUAGAAGAGAACAUAGAUGAGCCAUGACAGACGCCGUGACGGAGGCCGAUCGCGAGAUGCAGCUUGACGGCCAUUUUCUGAGUGAUGACCUUGCAGCGUCGAGCCACAAAGUCAAUAUUGGCACCGUCAUGCCCAUGGACGUGGAUCUUCAUGCGGAAGGAGAUGUAGGUUGUCUUGCCGAGCAGCGGGAUGAUGCGCCCACCUCUGUGCACCCGUUUUUGCGCAACAUGGUGAAUGCACGAGUACAAGAACUACCGAAAAAUUACGCUAUGUCUUUUAUCGACUCCUCGCCCGCUUAUUUUUACAGAGAGCGUAUUAAGGAACUCUCUGUGAGGAUCGAUGAUAAGCAUAAUAUCUUAUCAGAUCUUUAUCGUGUCAUCUCCGUCCAUCCUCCUCAUGUCGGGGCAAUCUACCGCAAGAUGUUGUGGAUUAAAGAACGACACGACAGAAGAAGUACAUAGCAGAGUUCUACUUGUUGAGCAAGAACAAAACGACAUCAGACAGCAACUGUAAUUUGAUGAUGCUCAGAUUCUUCCGCACGAGGCUCAGAUUCAUGUACUAUGAGUUCGUCCAAAUUUUAUUCGCAAUAACAUUCCAACCGGUGUGAAAAGGUAGAAACCCUGGACCGUGCGCAGCGGGAAUAUGAGCGCGACGUGGAGACACUGUUCCGAGUGGAGAACCUCGGCGGCAGCUACGACCGCGGGAUCGUGGCGAAACGUGACAUCGAGGUGGGCGAGAUCAUUUUCCGCGAGAACCCCGUCGCCGCCUUGCAACACCAGUACAAUCGACUCUGCCUGCCCGUCUGCCACAAGUGCCUCCGCACCGUGGGGUCGCUGCGGACGCGGAUCGGACAGGUCCUGCGGGCGGACCGCGCAGGGCCCAAGUUUUUCGAGUCCGAGUAUCAGAAUGAAAAAUCCCCCUCCCCAUAUCAAAACGAAGUUUCUGAUGCUGGAUUUGCGGUCACAAAUCAGAUUUGUCUUGCUGGCGAGGACUGCAGGUCCAUAUUAAGCCUGAGUGUACAGGUUUUGGCCUAGGCGCUUAGCAUGACAGACGUCGACGCUGUAGCUAAAACAGCAUGACAAACCGCCUGUAGAAUGCAGCGGAGCUUGGGGAGUUGCGUUCGUGCAACACAGAGACGAUUUGUGACCUCAAAUCAGCAACGCAAAUUUUCGGCAACAUACCUUUUCAAUAUGGGGAGGGGGGAUUUUUCCUUUUGAUACCGAGUUCCCUGAAGCCGCCUUCCAUCCCAUGCUGGACCUGGAUUACUUCUUAUCCGAGGAAAAAUAGUAGACUGUUGUAGCGUAUUUGUAUUAUGAAAGCGAUAGUUUAAGUUUUUUACCAAAGUUUGUUUGUUCAAUUUGUGUGAGCAGCAUUACAUCAAGAUCUUCGCGUCGUGUAGAACCUCCGCAUGCAGAGGAGGUUCACCAGCACUAGAAGUGCAAUUGUGGUCAGGUUGCAGGUAGUGCAUGUGUACAGUGUUUUUUUCUUCUUGGAUGCUCUUCCAAGCGACAGCUGCGGUACGAGGAACUGUUGCGAGCGCCGGAAGACUAUCAAUUGCAAAAAUGUCUGGGUCUGGAAGGUUGGAACUUGUGAUGCUAGCUUUGGACUCUAAAAAAAUCUGUAUUGCAUGACCAGCAAGAGGAGUCUAGUUUUUGCUACGCGCAGAGGGCAUUUGGCAUGCGGAAUAGGCAUCAGGAAGCCCUCUAAAAAUCUGUGAUGCUAGGUGAUGCAUUGCAGACAUCUUGGGUCAUGUAAAAUAUGCAUGACAAACCCGGCAACGUUCCAGACCCAGACACUUUUACAUUUGAUAAAGACGGGGAGAUUUUCUGUAGCCAAAAGUGCUACGAGACGGACGACAUUCACAAAAAUCUGCUGUAUCUGCGGCGUAUCAAAUGUAAAAAUGUCUGGGUCUGGAAGAAUGCAACUUGUCAUGCUAAAUCUGAAGCAUGCAAAAAUCUGUGUUGCAUGAUUACCAAAAGUCGUCCAGUUUUGACCAAGUCGGCAGGGAGUUUCUCAUGCAGGAUGGGCAUGAGAAAGAUCGCACAGAAUCUGUCAUGCUAGGUCCUGCAUUGCAGACCUCAUGGGUCAUGGAAAAGCUGCAUGACAAAUCGCGCAUUCUUCCAGACCCAGACACUUUUACAUUUGAUACGGCGGUAUCCCCUGCAAAAGUACCUACCCUUAUCGUACCAACUGCAGCACGUACUGAUUGCGGCACAAGAACACCAUGACGGAUUUGGUUUACCACCUAACUCAGCAUUAAAAAUUCUAUAAUUCACCAUCAGAAAAAAUUAGUUCUACUUUUCCUUGCUUCAUCUGCAGAAAUUUGUAAUGCAAUCUCGACAACGAUACUUUUACUUUUGCAACGCAUAUGCGGACCGGGAUCGUCUGGGACAUGUUCGAGGAGUACGUAGUGCAGGCACACGAACUAUGCAUUGUAAAUAUCCCUGGAUGUUGUCUGGAACACUGCAACCUGUCAUGCGAAGUCUGGAUCGUACAAGCAUUUCUAUUGCAUGAUUGCCAAAUAUAUAAAGUCGCGCACUUUUGACCAAGUUGAGAGCAGCCAGCGUCUCAUGCAGAAGUUGUGUGAUAGAGGUCUCACUCUCACAGCAGAAUCUGUCAUGCUAGGUCCUCCAUGCCUGACCCCAUGGGUCAUGGAAAAAAGCACUGCGUCGUGACAAGUCUCGCAAUCUUCCAGUCGUCCAGGGAUGUUUGUAUUUGAUACGGGCACUGCUUGCUGGCGUUGAAGUGCAUGCUGUCAGACAAGGUUGGGGAACUCUACCAUUUAUUCUCGCCAAAGUGGAGCGAGCUGGAGCCGUUGCAAGAAGAGUGGCGGGUGGUGCGGAGAGAGGUACUCGUUUUUUAUUUGGUAUUUCGCGUCCAACAUAUCUAUCAAUAGCGAAAUGAGGUUAAGCGCUGCCAGCUAACGGGAGCGACACCGCUGUAGGGGCAACGGCGCGCGCCGGGCGCGUGUUGUCGUUUCCCCUCUGCGUGUGGUGUUGCACGGUCUGGCUUUGGAAUAUUAAGUACACACCCGCGGCGGCCCUGCGCCGUUUAUCACCAAAAAAAAAAGAAAAAGGAGAGUAGCCAUGGCAGAUGUGCGGGACGCACUCCGGGGUGGUGCUGCAGCGAAAGCUGAGGUGCACGCCCUAGAGGUCUAAGUUGGAGGUGCUGGCACGCAGGUGCACUCCAGCGAAGACGCGCAGAUCGCACUCUGCCACGCACUCCCGGGCGGUGCUGCGGCGAAAGCCGAGGUGCACGCCCGGGAGGUCGGAUCUGGAGGUGCUGGCAAGCAGGUGCACUCCAGUGAAGGCGCGCGAGGCGGCAGAUGUAUGCGACGCACUCCGGGGUGGUGCUGCAGCGAGAGCUGAGGUGCACGCUCCGGAGGUCUAAGCUGGAGGUGCUGGCACGCAGGUGCACUCCAGUGAAGACGCGCCGGCCAUGCUCUGCCAUGCACUCCCGGGUGGUGCUGCGGCGAAAGCCGAGGUUCACGCCCGGGGGGUUGGAUCUGGAGGUGCUGGCACGCAGGUGCACUCCAGUGAAGGCGCGCGAGAGAGUUUCGGAAACGCUUUCCCGGGCUGUGCUGCGGCGGAAGCCGAGCUGCACGCCCGGGAGGUCUUUGUUGGAUGUGCUGGCAAGCAGGUGCACUCCAAUGAUGACGCGCGUUACCGCACUCCGCCACACGACCCGCGCCCAAUUGGGGUGGGACCGCAAGCCGCGCGCAACAAAUCAAUGAGUCCCACCUGCGCGAGCAGCAAGUGUGGACGCGCGACACGCACGCCAAGGUAGUGCUGCUGCUGUGCGCAGAUCUGCACGACAUGGCAGUGCUUCGGACAGAGGCCUGGCAUAGUGUGCUCGCGUCUCCGUGACGGCACGCUUCGAAAGAAGCGCGCUGCGCCGGCCCCUAUUACGGCAUGCAUCGGGCUAGAUGCGCUGCGUGGUCCCCGCCGGCACCAGCUCCGCAUUAGGAACUCCCUGGCGUCGUCUCCGCAGGUCCCUCGCCCGACACGCUUCGAAUGAAGCGUGCGGCGUGGUCCCCGUUGCCACCAACUCCACAGGGGCUUGGUGUCGGCUCCGCAGGUCUACAUGGCGGCGCGCUUCUUCGAAGCAUGCUGCGUGGCCCUCCGGCACCACCUGCAGAGGCGCUUCGUGCUGCCUCGUAGGUCCCCACCAUGGCACGCUUCAGGCGAAGCGUGCUGCUUGGUCCCCGUCGACACCAGCUCCACUGGAGCCGUUGCAAGAAGAGUGGCGGGUGGUGCGGAGAGAGGUACUCGUUUUUUAUCUACAGAUACGGCACGACUGAUUGUGUAGCGCGCGUGCUGUGUACUCGUGGAAGGCAAUAAAUGUAGAUAGAAACAGAAAGCACCAGUUACAGUUUGUAUCAAAAAUAGAGUAGGCGUGUGCCUGUAGGCGUUAAUUCGGGGUGGGUUGGUUGGUCGGUUGGUUGGUUAUGCAAAUGCUGAAGACGGCGGGCCGUCGCGGGUUAUAGAAAAACAUUCUUCCGGAGUCGCAGUGCGUGGUGAGGUCGACGUGCGUCUGGUUUGCGUUUGGUGGUGGACGUAUUGUGGCGGAGACAUAUUCGGCGUCGCGGUGUCGCUAUUUCGCUUAUCCUGAUGUACGUGAGUCUGUCGGCGACGUUCUGCUUCCCACAAUCGAAGCUGGAGAAAGUUGUGCUUUGAUAUCGGGAAUGAGAUGCACGCUACCCACCUACCUCCCUACCUACCUACCUCGUGAUACUGACGCUCCUCUCGUCCAUUCAUAAUCAACCGAAACAAAAAAGAUCACGCCCUCCUUCGUGGCUGAGCAGUGGGUAGGUGGGUUGGUUGGUCGUCAUUGGACAAUGAUGCGUCCGCGUGUCCUCCAGGUGUGGGCGAUUUUCACUUGCGGGGCGCAACGGAGGCGCGUCUACACCUACCUUCCCACCCACCUACUUCUUGAUGCGUGUGACAACGAAAAUGCGGGAGCUGGGGCAGCGCCCAGUUAGAGUGAAGUGAUGAAGAACUACAACUGCUCAGAGACAGUCUUGGCUGCAGGCCGGCGACGCCUGGCCCGUGUGUGGUGGCCCGCAAAGGCUCCCGCGUAAACGGUUUGCUAUCGCGGGCACCGAAAUGGGUGAAAUGAUGCCCAUCCUGAUGAAAAGCGCCCCGCCCGUAAAGGGCGGUCUUUGAUCUAGCAGCCUGUGGCGCUUUUAGUUGCCCGGGGCCCAUCGGCGCGGCACGGCCACAACGCCGACCGCAUCCGCGGGGCGCCACUUGAAGUCUAGAACCCCACUGCUAUGGCAGCUUUUAGAUUUCCCCUCGCAAGUGAUCGGGGUUUUAGUUGCGAUAGAGUGAACUACAUACACUGAGGUAGGCGAUACGUCUAUGCGCGGCGCUCCUCCACCCUCGCCACAAAGCGCACUGCGUGCGCAGGCCAGGGCCAGAGAGAACGAGCUGCGACAUUUUUCUUCCUCCCGCCGAAGGAGCUCGGCUUCAUCUUGUGAGAAUGAAACGAACCAAGCCAGCGCACCAAUGAAGGCCUGACCCUGAGGCAGAGGAUUUGUUUUUCUUUUCUCGUUGUGAUUGUGCCACUCACAACAAAGUCACUGAGGAUCAGAAUCAAUUUGAGAACCAAGAACAAACUUAAGUGCCUGGGAUCGCAUUGGGUGCAAGUAUGUCUGUGUCUGGUCGAAGCGUUGAACCUUUAGGGCGCGCCCUCACCCCUGCCAGGGAAGGUGGGUGGGUGGGUCGGCAUGUGUGGUCAGCAGGCAGCGCAUGCUUGCUCACCCGUGCCAAGGCAGGUGGGUCGGUAGGUCGGUAGGCGUGGCCAGCAGGCAGCGCAUGCUCACCCGUGCCAAGGUAGGUGGGCCGGGAGGUCGGUAGGCGUGGCCAAUAGGCAAGGCACACUCGCCCCACCCCCCCACCAGGCAGGUGGGUGGGUAGGUCGGUAGGCGUGGCCAAUAGGCAGCACACGCCUGCCCCCCCCCACCCGGCAGGUGGGUGGGUAGGUCGGUAGGCGUGGCCAAUAGGCAACGCACGCGCGCCCCACCCUCCCCACCAGGCAGAGGGGUGGGUAGGUCGUUGGGCGUGGCCAAUAGACAACGCACGCUCACCCCACCCGCCCACCAGGCAAGUGGUUGGGUAGGCCGGUAGGUGUGGCCAGUGAAUGCAUAGGCCGCGCACCCUUGCCCCCCGCACCAGGCAGGUGGGUGGGUAGGUCGGUAGGCGUGGCCAAUAGGCAACGCAAGCUCGGCCCACCCACCCACCCGGCAGGUGGGUGGGUGGGUCGGUAGGCGUGGUCACCGAUCUCCUCUGGGUGGAAAGGGGUAGGUAGGUAGUUGGGUCGGCGCGAUCACGGUAGUACGAUCGUAAAGAGGGGCGGUAGGUGGGUAGGUAGGCAGCUUCAACGGUGAUAGUAGUUAGAUGAAUCUCAGAAAAACACAAGAUACAGCGCAGCGGGUUUGGUUCCACGGGAAAUUUGCAUAACCAACCAACCGACCAACCAACCCACCCCGAAUUAACGCCUACAGGCCCACGCCUAUUGCAAAAAUAAUACUACUUACCCAGAACAAGGAUCAUGCACUAUUAGUAUAUGCGAAAAUAUGCGAUUUUGUUUCUGAUGCACAAAAACAUUAUACACAAGUGGUCGUCGUGGAUGAUAAUUUCUCCUCAUCAAAAAAAAUAUCUACCAGAUCGUCAAGACGUCGUACAAGCACCUGCAGAACCUUUGGCAGGAGGUGCGGAACCGCAACGAAGUGAAAAUCGCGGAGACCCGGCCGCAGAUGUUUGAAGACCGGCUGGAAACGGACUGUCAGUCGAAGGCGAAAAUAAUCGAGGAUGCCGAGUUGACCUUUGUGUGCGGGGACCGGGUGGAGAGCUUCACGAUGAACAACCUGCCCUCAGACAUCGCGCCCUUUGGCGGGGGUGCUGGUGGUUGUGGUACCAGUUCCACCACUGGAUUUACUUCUUGUAGCAAAGCCGAUGCUGGCCAGGACGAUUCUGCUCGUUUCAAUAGUACAAGUGGACUUCUACAGCAGGAGAAGCAGCAGGAGCAGCCCCUUAGCGGCAAUUCCUUGUCCUUUGCAAGCUCUGCGCGCGGCUCACCCAAAGUGGCAGCGGGCGGCGUGACCGGCGCCGGGGUGCCCGACGAAGACCUGCAGACACUGGAGAAGAUGCGGCGCACCGGCAGCGAAGAGUUCGCCGGCGUGGCAAUAUGCAAUUUACAAAAGUACAAAUCGUGCUAGCACAGAUUGCAUCGACCUAUAAAAUACAAACUUCGCCUCGUUCUUUUGGAUCAGGUAAGAAAAGGAAUCAUUUAUCAAAAUCAAGAAUCGAGGUUUGUAUCUAUGACUCUGUAUUGCAAGUACGCCUACGAUAGAAGUGCUUUUGCGGACGAUAAGCGUCGGACGAAGACGACUCUGCCAAUGAGGACGGCGCGAACCGCCCGCCGUUGCCCUCCGACGCCUUUUCGUCACUGAAAGGCCCACCGCCGGCGGCGGUGGCUGCAGCGAUGGUGGAUUCUUGCUCGCCAAAGAGGCAGAAGGCGAAUGAAAGCAGCAGCAGCGCAUUGCGCAACAUGGACGAAGCAGCUUCGGCCCACGAUACAAGAAGUGGAAACGCGCUCGUCAGCCUGGAUGGACGCGAAGACACCUCGUCCAGGAAACCAACCGUUGCGUUUUCUGGUCCACCGGAAGACCACCAGACAACGGGCCGUGCCGAAAAUGAUGCUGUGUCGCCCAGUGUCGUGUCUGGCCCUCUUGAUCCUACAAAGAAGAAAAAUACCACCAUAGAAGAGGACCGUGGCGCGCCGCGACCUGCACUUGUUCCACCGCGAGAGCAGGCCAGCAAGAAGGAGGAAGGCGAGCAGGAAGACCAGACGGGAGCUGUUCCGAGCUCGUAUCUCUACCCGGACCGGGUCUUGCCGGCGCUGUGCACGGAGGAGGAGUGGGAUAGGUUGUUGGGCCUGUGUGACGAAACAUCGAAGGACCUGACCGCGUCGAAUCCUAUCCUCGACGCAAAAGCAUCGUAGAAGUACAACUCGUGUAAAAUUGCAUGUACAGAUUUUUCGUAUUUGACGGACUCUGCUGCAUGACGAGUUUCUCUUUUAUUAUUUCUUUUGAAAGAAAUGUUUUUCUUUUUCAUGCGAUUCUCACCACUCAACAAGUAUUUCGAUGCUGUUGCAUUGCAUAAACGCGAUCAACAAACAAAUCAUCCACGCCCGCGUAGACCCAAAAUCCCGGAAAUUCAUUAACGAAAGUAGCAGAGUGUGAAAACCAAUAGUUAUUCUUCCUCUUGAGUAGAUGGGUGCGCGAUUCUCUUUUCGCAACAUCAUGCAUAAUUCAUUUUGCUUGUCCCCGGCACCACUGCUCCUCUGCGAGUCAGUAACCCAACAUGUAAUGUUGAGAAGACUCCUGCACACUGGGGUUUCUUAAUUGAUAUGCGCAUUUCAGUUCCUUGUUUCUGUUUCGGCAUUUUCAACACACUGGGCAUGUCGCGGAUAUGCCAGUAAAAAGCACUCGAGAUGAAAGAACGACAUUGUUUUCAGUUGGAUAGAAACCUGCAAACUCUUGUGGGGGCACAUCGCGCUCAGCUGGCGGCAGACGGAACGUACUUACUCUAUUGCGAUGAUAUAAGUAGUGCAGCGCAUUUGCUUUUUCGGUAUUUUUUUGGUGAAGAGCAAGUGCCCCACUACCCCGCUGUGCUGUUGACCUGGGCCUCGGCGAAGAAAGUAAGUUGAGGUCCAUCGAAGUCAUACGAUCAAUAUCAAAUGUAAGAAUGUCUGGGUCUGGAAGAGUCAUGCUGUUUUUGCAUGACACAGAAGGUCUGGCAUGGAAGCUCUAGCAUCACAGGUUUCGAGAACCUUCCGCAAUGCCGAAUCCGCAUGACAAGUCCCCUAUUUUGCUGGCAAAAAGUGGGAGCUUUUGCUACGUAUGCAUGAGAGACUUUUCUGUGUUCUGAAAUACGCAUUACAAGUUGCAUUCUUCCAGACCCAGACAUUUUUACAUUUGGUAAUCAAUAAUCUCAGGUCAAAUAUCCGACGCGGAGCUUGCGACCUGUGCGGACUAUCAUGAGGACAGUCAGGAUAUCGAAUGUAAAAAUGUCUGGGUCUGGAAGAAUGCAACUUGUCAUGCUAAAUCUGAAGCAUGCAAAAAUCUGUGUUGCAUGAUUACCAAAAGUCGUCCAGUUUUGGCCAAGUUGGGAGGGAGUUUCUCAUGCAGGAUAGGCAUGAGAGAGGUCGCGCAGAAUCUGUCAUGCUAGGUCCUGUUUAUAUUAUAUUUUUUUACAUGUUUAUAGUAACUUGUACUAUCGGCUUUCGUGCCACCGGGACGUCCUGCCCGUAGACCACCAAUGUCAUGCUAGGUCCUGCAUUCCAGACCUCAUAGGUCAUGGAAAAGCUGCAUGACAGAUCGCGCAUUCUUCCAGACCCAGACAUUUUUGCAUUUGAUACAGGAGAACAUUGAGGUGUCUGCGAAAUCGUGGAAACAGUCGGGCAAGAUCUUUCCCAGCUUCGAGGGUUUAGGCGUGUGCCGGGUGGUGGCCUUCACGAAUCACUCUUGCUAUCCGAACAUGGAGGUUUGCCGAAUUGGGGAAACGGGAAGAAUCCAGGGCAAGGCAACGAGAAGGAUACGGGCAGGCGAAAACAUCUACAUGAGCUACAUCGAUGAAGACUGCACGCUGGCCUACCGGCAGGAAGAGCUCUGGUCGGGCUACGGGUUUCACUGCAAGUGCGUGAAGUGCAAGGCGGAGGCGGCAGCGAUCUUUGUCUCGCUGAUCGACGGGAUCCGCAAGCAGCAAGCUGCACUCGAGGAGCAGGAAAAGCUCAAACCAGCACGAGAAGGGAAGCCAAUAUCCACUGCAACUAAGUCUGAGUCUGGAAUAUUAAACCUGUGACGACGCUGAUGAACUUCGGAGUAGUCCUGAUUGAGGCUGCCAUGCAUGAGAACUUUCUACCACGCUCUGUGAUCAUUCGGUGCCCAUUUCAUAACUGGCGUUUUCGCAGGACGAAGAAAGCUGCGGUCUUGCUGGUCAUAUUUACAAGUAACACAGAUUUUGCAGGACCGGAAUGCAGGACAUAAUCUUACUACAAGCGUCACCAGUGCAACCCUUGCGGGAGCCUCAGACGUAGUUGCAAUGCAUAGCCAGAACCGGAAAGCGAUAUGGAGGAGGAAGCCGCUUUGCGCGUGAAGCUGAAGGAGAAGUGUCCGAGGGAGAUCCUACCGUUGAUGGAUUUCUAUAUGCAAUACGCGGACAAGUACGACUUGACCUUCGAGAACGUCUGCAUGGACCUGAUCCACGCCGCGCCGGUAGGCACCGUUUGGACCUGGAACUACAUGAAAUCGAUACACAACGGCCCCCAAACGAAGGAUCAAAUUGGAACCAAAGCAGCUGCGCUGGACGAAAAUACUAAAGCAGCACCGCAUGAGCAAGAACAUUUUUCAGGGAGGCCAGCGAUGAAUGUUGCACAUGAUCCACUGGCACCAGGAAUGAUAGAGGAUGACAAAGAACCAACACUCGUUACUUCUAAAACUGCAUCUGUUCUUUCCUCCUCCGGUCCCUCUGCUUUUGCAGCCGCGCAGCAGGGCUCCCUACAACUCCACCCGGCUUUUUUACCGAGCGCCGGCGCCGUGAAGGCGGUACCGGCGGGGGACGGAACGGACAACAAAAUCAUGAUUGGGGACACGCGCGGGCUGCUAUCAAAUGUAAAAAUGUCUGGGUCUGGAAGAAUGCAACUUGUCAUGCUAAAUCCGAAUGAUGCAAAAAUCUGUGUUGCGUGAGUGCCAAAAGCUGUCCGCUUUUGACCAAAUUGAGAGGGAGUUUCUCAUGCAGGAAAGGCAUGAUAGAGGCCUCAAAUAAUCUGUCAUGCUAGGUCUCGCAUUCCAGACCUCAUGGCUCAUGCAAAACGUGCAUGACAAGUCUCAGACAGAAUCUUCCAGACCCAGACAUUUUUGCAAUGCAUAGCUGCUGGCCUCGCACGAUUCCCUCAAGAUUCAUCGUGAGCAGGCCCCCCGCGCACUGUAUAGCAGUAAUAAAAAACCACCAGCGCAAGAAGUAGAAGCACCGGGAGCUGCCGCGGGCGCGGGACGGGCCACCAAGGGGUCCACUUUGAAGAGUGUUUUGGAGGAAGAUGAAAACACUGUGGUGCACCGGGCGCUGGGUGGGAUGAUUGUGAAGCGCAAAAAGACGGAGGAACUGCUGGGAAAAAGCAAAAAUGGGGCAGAAAUUAAAAAAGGUGUGACAGACCACGAACCAUCGGCGAGAUAAGACGAAAGUGUGAAGCUUGAUGCGAGGAGGUCGAGUAUUAAAAGUUGAAAAAAAUGAUGUAGUAUGUAAAACUGUUCUUAUCAAUCUGUAGGCGUGCAUCUGCCUGUUUCUGCAAACUGAAUACUUCGCUUGCUUCAUCUGUGGAAGAUGGUAUAGCAGGAGUUCAUUUGUCUGCUUUUGUUUGAUCAAGUGCAAGUACCCCUACCUGCGUUGCUUCACUGCCG